AUGGAUUUCGCGUUGGAACUGUUGCGCUAUUCUUCGGAAGCUGAUGAAACGUCGCUGCUAUCACCAUUUGCAGUCGUUUCCGCAAUGUCUGUAUUGUAUUCAGGAGCUAGAGGUAAAACCGAACGUGAGAUUGGAGCAGCAAUUUCCGCAGGUCAAACCAAACGUACGUUUGAAAACUUUAUGGAAUGUACUAUUAAAAAUAUUCGGAAUCAAUUGAAGCGCAAAAAUUUUACUGCGCAUUAUUCAACCAAAAUUUAUGAGGAAGGAAAUUUUUUGCGGUCUGAUUUUAAAGAUAUUGCCAAUCAGCAAUACGCUUAUGAUUUGGCACAGAUUGAUUUUGCUUCAUUUCUGCAAGCGAAUGGAUCGGAAUUCAAUAAGUGGGCAAAUCGAGAGAAAAAUAUUGGAGUCGGCAGUACUGCUCACGUAAUUUCGCACUAUCCGGUGUACUUAUUCAACAAACUGGAGUUCGAUGCUUAUUGGCAAUAUGAAUUUCCGCCAUUAAAUUAUUUGUCAUCUUUCCAUUUCGCAAAAUCGCGAAAAAUUGAUGUAGCAAUGAUGAUAAGGACGGCAGAAUUUCCAUACUACGAAGACAGACAAAUGCAAAUAGUAUCGUUGCCGUUGAAAAAUUCUGAAAUGGAAAUGUUAAUCAUUUUGCCAAAGGAGAUAUUCGGACUAGAAGAUUUUGAAGCAGAACUUACAGGAGAGAAACUAUUCAAUUACAUUGACAAACUUGUUGUGUCAGGCAAUGUUACGGUGUGUUGUAUUUUCUUUUUAUGA